GAGAAAGGAGGUCCAUAAGAAAGGUGGAACCGUGGGAGAAGAAGAUGAAGAUGAUGAGAGGCAUCACACCAUGUGGGUAAUGUAGUUUCGAGGUCUGGUGGGUGUUUCUCUUCUGGGUUUUCUCUGUCUUUAGACAUCGGAAACGGGUAUAGUUGGGUUUUAGAUUUUUGGGUUUGAAGCGGACUGAUUUACUCUCCACCAGAUCUCCACCUCCUACUCAGUAAUGGAGGCCAGUGCUGGUUUAGUGGCUGGUUCUCACAACCGGAACGAGCUUGUGGUCAUCCGUCGUGAGGGAGAAGCUGCCGGUCGGAAGCCAUUGGCGAAUCUAAGUGGGCAAACAUGCCAGAUUUGUGGGGAUGAUGUUGGACUUACUGCGGGGGGAGAGUUGUUUGUGGCCUGCAAUGAGUGCGCAUUUCCGAUUUGCAGGACUUGUUAUGAGUACGAGCGCAGCGAAGGAAACCAGGUCUGCCCUCAGUGCAAGACUCGCUUCAAACGUCUCAAGGGAUGUGCUAGAGUUGAAGGCGAUGAAGAAGAAGAUGAUGUUGAUGACUUGGAGAAUGAGUUCAAUUUCGUGGGGAGAAGGAGGGAUACCCAAGAUAUGCAGUACAUUGCAGAGGGCAUGCUUCAGGGCCACAUGACUUAUGGCCGUGCUGGGGAUGCUGACAUGCUUCCUCAAGUUGUCAACACCAUGCCUUCGGUUCCUCUGCUAACCAACGGCCAAAUGGUUGAUGAUAUUCCUCCUGAGCACCAUGCUUUGGUCCCUUCUUUUCUUGGUGGCGGAGGCAAAAGAAUCCACCCUCUUCCUUUCUCCGACCCAGCCUUCCCUGUACAACCUAGGUCCAUGGAUCCUUCCAAGGACUUGGCUGCUUAUGGCUAUGGAAGUGUGGCUUGGAAGGAGAGGAUGGAAAAUUGGAAGCAGAAGCAAGAGAAGCUACAGGUGAUGAACGAAAAUGGUGGGAAAGAUUGGGACAACGAUGGGGAUGGGCCAGAUCUACCCCUGAUGGAUGAGGCAAGGCAACCAUUAUCAAGGAAGCUACCUGUUCCAUCAAGCCAAAUUAAUCCAUAUCGAAUGAUAAUUAUAAUCCGGCUUGUAGUUCUCGGGUUCUUCUUCCAUUAUCGGGUCAUGCAUCCUGUAAAUGAUGCUUAUGCACUGUGGCUUGUAUCUGUGAUCUGUGAGAUUUGGUUUGCCAUUUCGUGGAUUCUUGAUCAGUUUCCAAAAUGGCUCCCAAUUGACAGGGAAACUUAUCUAGACAGGCUGUCAUUGAGGUAUGAUAAGGAAGGUCAACCUUCUCAACUUUCUUCAGUUGAUAUAUUUGUCAGUACUGUGGAUCCUUUAAAAGAGCCGCCUUUGGUUACUGCAAACACGGUGUUGUCCAUUCUGGCUGUGGACUACCCAGUUGACAAGGUUUCCUGUUAUGUUUCUGAUGAUGGUGCUGCCAUGUUGACAUUUGAAGCCUUGUCUGAAACAUCUGAAUUUGCGAGAAAGUGGGUGCCUUUCUGCAAGAAAUUCAACAUUGAGCCACGUGCACCAGAGUUUUAUUUUGCUCAGAAGAUAGAUUAUCUUCAGGAUAAGGUUUUAACUUCAUUUGUUAAGGACCGAAGGGCUAUGAAGAGAGAGUAUGAGGAAUUUAAAGUUCGGAUUAAUGCCUUGGUUGCCAAAGCUCAAAAGGUCCCAGAAGAAGGGUGGACAAUGCAGGAUGGGACACCUUGGCCGGGAAAUAAUGUCCGAGAUCACCCCGGAAUGAUUCAGGUUUUUCUAGGUCAAAGUGGGGGGCAUGACACAGAAGGAAAUGAAUUACCACGCUUAGUCUAUGUGUCCAGAGAAAAGAGACCUGGAUUUAAUCACCACAAGAAGGCUGGUGCCAUGAAUGCUCUGGUCCGAGUCUCUGCUGUUCUUACAAAUGCACCUUAUCUAUUGAAUUUGGAUUGUGAUCACUACUUCAACAACAGCAAGGCUCUCAAGGAGGCAAUGUGUUUCAUGAUGGAUCCACUGCUGGGAAAGAAAGUGUGCUAUGUUCAGUUCCCACAGAGGUUUGAUGGGAUUGAUAGGCAUGAUCGAUAUGCUAACCGGAACAUUGUAUUCUUUGAUAUCAACAUGAAAGGCUUGGACGGAAUUCAAGGACCCAUUUAUGUGGGUACUGGGUGUGUCUUUAGAAGACAGGCAUUCUAUGGUAAUGAUGCUCCAAAAACAAAGAAGCCUCCAACAAGGACCUGUAACUGCUGGCCAAACUGGUGCUGUUGUGGAUGCUGUUUCUCUGGAAAGAAGAAAAAGAAAACCACAAAGUCCAAGUCUGAGAAGAAGCAGAAGAAGUUUAGGAGAUUGGAUUCUGGAGCACCUGUAUUUGCUUUAGAGGGCAUUGAGGAGGGCAUUGAAGGGAUUGAGAGUGAGAAGUCAACUAUGUUGUCUGAGACGAAAUUGGAGAAGAAGUUUGGGCAGUCUCCUGUGUUUGUUGCAUCAACUCUUCUUGAGGAUGGUGGAACACUGAAAAUUGCGAGUCCUGCAUCUCUAUUAAAGGAAGCUAUCCAUGUGAUUAGCUGUGGUUAUGAAGAUAAAACGGACUGGGGAAAAGAGGUGGGUUGGAUCUAUGGAUCUGUUACAGAAGAUAUCUUGACAGGUUUUAAAAUGCAUUGCCAUGGAUGGCGAUCCAUAUACUGCAUCCCUGACAGGCCAGCUUUUAAAGGGUCCGCACCCAUCAAUCUUUCUGAUCGUCUGCACCAGGUGCUUCGAUGGGCCCUUGGUUCCGUUGAAAUUUUCUUGAGCAGGCACUGUCCCCUCUGGUAUGGGUAUGGUGGCGGUCUGAAAUGGUUAGAACGUCUUUCUUACAUCAACGCAACUGUAUAUCCAUGGACAUCAAUUCCAUUGGUCGCUUAUUGUACCUUACCUGCUGUUUGCUUGCUCACAGGCAAAUUCAUCACUCCAGAGCUAAGCAAUGUUGCGAGUUUGUGGUUUUUAUCCCUUUUUAUCUGUAUUUUUGCGACUAGCAUCCUGGAAAUGAGAUGGAGUGGUGUUGGAAUUGAUGAUUGGUGGAGAAAUGAGCAGUUUUGGGUCAUUGGAGGUGUUUCAGCCCAUCUUUUUGCUGUCUUCCAGGGGCUUCUUAAGGUGUUAGCUGGUAUUGACACAGAUUUCACUGUGACUUCAAAAGCUGGGGAUGAUGAGGAUUUCUCUGAGUUGUAUGCAUUCAAGUGGACAACAUUGCUAAUUCCACCUACCACACUUCUGAUAAUUAACCUGAUUGGGGUGGUUGCUGGUGUUUCAAAUGCAAUUAAUAAUGGGUAUGAGUCCUGGGGACCUCUGUUUGGUAAGCUCUUCUUUGCCUUCUGGGUGAUUGUCCAUCUCUAUCCUUUCCUCAAGGGUCUACUAGGACGGCAGAACAGGACACCCACCAUCAUCAUUGUCUGGUCCAUUCUUCUUGCUUCAAUCUUCUCCCUUUUGUGGGUCAGGGUUGAUCCUUUCUUAGCCAAGUCAGAUGGCCCUGUGCUGGAGGAAUGCGGGUUAGACUGUCAUUAGAACUGUGUUUAUUCAGACUUUGGAUGCUCAUGGUUCAGAAUGCUGCGAUGCUUUUGGGGGUUUUAUUAUCAGAUAUGUUUCAGUCACCACACCUCAGAUGACCACGGAUGGAUUUUCACAAGAGGAAGCUUUUAGAAUCUGCAUAUAAAAGAUGUGUGGCAUUGUGUUGGCUUUUUUCCUUUUUAUCCACUUCAAGUUUGUCUUGCAAAUCACCUCUUCAAAGAGGAGGGCAUCUGGGACUUGCUACACUGUAAGUUAUUGUUUGUGGCAGUCGUCCUCCUAAAUUCUUUAUUAUUUGGACAAAACUGGAGAGUAAUGAUCCUCAAGCUCAUUAGUCAUUGCCCCUUACCAAUGGGAUUAGUCCUACCCUCUUUCAAACGUUCAUGUUGAUACUGAUGCACAGAUGACCGGCAACAUGUGAUCUAUUUUAGGUAAGUAGUUAAAUGCUGUCAUAUACGAGGGAUAGGAGAAGAAACAAUCUGGAUGGUAUUACAGUUGGAUGGUGUAAGAGGUCAAUGUCCCUUUAGUUUUUGUGUUGGUAAUAAGUUUCCCACUGUGUUAAAAACUACUAUAUUGUAUGUCAAAAGGUGGUGGCAUCUGUGUUGUUUUAAGUUGAGCCUCUGGAAGUGAAUAAAACUGUAAAGGCCCACAAAAUUCAAUUGGUCUUUUUCUCUUACAAGGCA